GAGAGAGAGAGAGAGAGAGAGAGAAAGAGAGAGAGAGAGAGAGUGUGUCACCAUGCUGCUUUUUCCUAUUCUCAAAUGAAGAAGUGAACUAGUCAGAGGCCACGGAGCAUGUUCUCAUUGCAGUUCAGAGCCCCAGAGACCCUCAUAUCACAUAGCUGCUGCUACUACUGCACAGUCUGCCCAAAGCAGAGCUCCGCUAACUUCUCUCUCUGACAUCGGAGGAGGCACAUGUCUUCAGGAGCAGGUACCAGUUUAACAUAAGGCACGGGAGAUUUGCAUAAAUCUUUCUCUGGCUACACAAGGAGAGAAUAAGGCAUUUAAGUCUUUUUCUGUGGAUAUAUCUUUCAAGUAACUUUCCACCUUCGACACUAAAACUCUGUCUGGAACAGUAUUGGAUUUUCUACUAAGACAUUUGGGAACUGUUUAACACUUUUAUUUAAAGUCAGAAAAAUGAAGAUGGGCAAACAUGAAAUGUGUCAUUAUCUUCAGCUUAUAGCUAUUUUAUUUUGUCUUUCUGGAAUAAGCCAAGCUGAGCUCUCAAUGUCUACAUCUAAGCCUUACAUUCAAUCUGGGAAAUCAAGAACAAAGCGGAGCUGGGUGUGGAACCAGUUCUUCGUACUGGAGGAAUACACAGGAACAGAUCCUUUGUAUGUGGGGAAACUUCACUCUGAUGUGGACACAGGAGAAAGUGUCGUCAAGUAUGUCUUGACAGGGGAAGGGGCUGGUUCCAUUUUCAAUAUUGAUGAAAAUACUGGGGACAUUCAUGCUUCAAAAAGGCUGGAUCGUGAGGAACAAGCCUACUACACAUUGCGAGCACAAGCUAUUGACAGACAAACAAAUAAACCAGUUGAACCUGAAUCUGAGUUUGUCAUUAAAGUACAAGAUAUAAAUGACAAUGAGCCAAAAUUUCUGGAUGGACCUUAUACUGCUGGUAUUCCAGAAAUGUCACCUGUUGGAACAUCAGUGCUGCAAGUAAAAGCAACAGAUGCAGAUGAUCCCACUUAUGGAAAUAGCGCCCGAGUUGUCUAUAGCAUUCUUCAAGGUCAACCAUAUUUUUCUGUGGAGCCAAAGACAGGCAUUAUAAGAACAGCCUUACCAAACAUGGACAGAGAAGCCAAAGAUCAGUAUCUUCUUGUAAUACAGGCAAAGGAUAUGGUUGGACUAAUGGGUGGAUUAUCAGGCACAACUUCUGUCACAGUCACGCUUACCGACGUCAAUGACAACCCACCAAUAUUUCCACGAAAGUCUGAUCAGUUCUAUGUUCCUGAAUCUUUGCCUGUGGGCUCAACAGUGACCAAAAUAAAAGCAGCAGAUGCUGAUAUUGGACUAAAUGCAGAAAUGGAAUAUAAGAUUGUUGAUGGUGAUGGACAUGGAGCAUUUAAAAUUUCAGUUGAUAAAGAUACCCAAGAAGGCAUUAUUGCCAUUCAGAAGGAACUGGAUUAUGAAACAAAAACCAGUUAUAUACUGAGAAUAGAAGCAUCAAAUAAAUAUGUGGACAAUCGAUUUCUGAGCGUUGGUCCUUUUAUGGAUACAACAACAGUGAAAAUUACUGUGGAAGAUGUGGAUGAACCGCCUGUAUUUUCGCAACAGUUAUACACGAUGGUUGAAUCUGAAGCAGCAAAAAUAGGCACUAGCAUAGGUGCAGUGACAGCACAUGACCCAGAUUCUACAAACAGUCCUGUGAGAUAUUCAAUUGACCGCAAUACGGAUCUUGAGAGAUAUUUUAAUAUUGAUGCCACCAGUGGUCUUAUCACUAUAGCAAAACCGUUGGACAGAGAGACCAAUGCUGUACAUAAUAUCACAGUUUUAGCAAUUGAGAGCCAAAAUCCAGCACAGAUCGGGAAAGGCUAUGUUGCAAUUAGUAUACUGGAUAUCAAUGAUAACGCUCCUGAAUUUGCAAUGGAAUAUGAGACCAAUGUUUGUGAAAAUGCUCCUUCAGGACAAGUUAUUCAGGAGAUAAGUGCAGUAGAUAGGGAUGAACCUUCAAGUGGCCAUUGGUUUUAUUUCAGUUUACCGCCUGAUGCAAGUAAUAUUAAUUUCACAUUACAAGACAAUAAAGAUAAUACAGCCUCAAUCUUAACAAAGAGAAAUGGAUUUCGAAGACAAGAACAGUCUAUAUUUUACCUACCAAUUGUUAUAGUGGACAGUGGCUCUCCAUCACUCAGUAGCACCAAUACCCUAACUAUUAGGGUCUGUGAUUGCGAUCUGGAUGGAAUUGCUCAAACUUGCAAUGCUGAAGCCUUCAUUUUACCUGCUGGACUAAGUACUGGAGCACUGAUUGCAAUUUUAGCCUGUGUUUUGACACUGUUAGUGCUUGUUCUUCUAAUUGUCACCAUGAGAAGACGAAAAAAAGAACCUUUGAUUUUUGAUGAAGAGAGGGAUGUCAGAGAGAACAUUGUACGAUAUGAUGAUGAAGGAGGAGGAGAAGAGGACACAGAAGCUUUCGACAUGACAACUUUGAGGAACCUGAAUAUUAUCCGAGACAACAAAAGCAGGAGGGAUGUAACUCCAGAAAUUCAGUUCUUGAGCAGGUCAUCUGUGCGAAGCCCUCCAGACAAUUUAAUCUUUAGGGAAUUUAUCUGGGAAAGACUAAAAGAAGCUGAUGUGGAUCCUUGUGCUCCACCUUAUGACUCCCUACAGACAUAUGCAUUUGAAGGAAAUGGCUCAGUUGCAGAGUCUCUCAGUUCAUUAGAGUCAGUCAGUUCAAACUCUGAACAUAAUUAUGACUACCUGAGUGACUGGGGUCCUCGUUUUAAAAGACUUGCUGAUAUGUAUGGCACCACUGAAGACAACCUGUAUUCAUAGCAUUGGAAUAAAUACUCCUAAGGCACUGAACAAGAAUUCAAAAUUGACUGCUGAAAUGUACAUGUGUGCUCAUUUUGGUUUUGUGGAAAAGAUUUUUAUUUCUCCUGCCCGAGGGACUGCACCAAUCACAAAUUAGAAAUAUUUACUUUUAUAUAGAUUGAAAAAUGUAUAAAUUCACCAAUACAAGUUUAUGUGCAUAUCUUAUCGAGUAUUUGAGAAUACCUGACCUAUAUUGUAUUUAAUGUUUUUAAUAGAGCACUUUUUACUGUCUCCAUGUUCCACUGAUAUGCAGAACAUUCAGCUAGGAAUGGGCAUCAGUUGGGUAUCCACUGAUGGACACCAUCAAUGUUACUAUUGACAGUUAACCUUGAUGGUAUGGGCCUAUCAACAGGGGAAUCAUCAAUGGUUUCAACCAUUGAUGGGCAUCCCUGCUCUAUUUCUCACCAGGCAAUGGGCCAAUCAGAGGUGGAGGUGGGGCUUUACAGGUUACAUCAGGGGAAGGGCAAGGCUCAUAUCUCUGUACCAAGGAGAGAGAAAAAAACCUAUAAGGGGCUUUGUGCUAAUGAUGGCAGAUAACCAUAGGAUCUGUGCAAUUGAUCGCAAAACCAUCUUCCAUCAGUGGUUAAUUAUCGAUGACCAUGCCUACGUUAAGCCAAAUCAAAAUGCAACUAUAAGCAUAAAAGCUGGUCUGAAUAAAUGAAUUAAGGCUGGAAAAUAAAGCAUGGAAAAUAUUGCUUAAUUAAAAAAGCACUAUUUGUUCAUUGUGCAGACCAACUUCACUAUAUAAAGAACAAUGUUUGUCUUCAGUAAUGUACUGUAUGUUCUACUGUAUAUGCAUUUUGAUAUGGCUAAAUGCACCUCUGACCAAAGGAAAAUGGGUGCAGAGAAAACAACCUUGCAUUCAAAAUACAAAUAACUAUUGAAACCUAGUAAAAGUAUUCACAUGAAACACAAAAAAGCUCUAAAUAAAAAUAAAAUUUAAUAAUAAUAAUAAUAAUAAAUGUACUCUUACAAGAAAAUUUCCCAACUUAUGCUGAAAAGUCAUAUGUUAUGUAUUUUCCAUAUAUCAAAAUCAGACAGUUGUGUGCAAUGAGAGUAUAUUAGAUAACAUUAUACGUCUAAUCCUGAGAUAUAAAACUCAAUGUUUUGAGAUGUAUGAGUUGAAAUAUAUUGUACAAGUAAUGACUGAGCCACUGAAUGAUUAACAUAUGCUGAUGCAGUAGUAAACUGUACUGCUUUGUGUCAAAAUAUAGUGGAGCUUAAAAAACAAUGGGCCUGAUGCUAGGAGUAAAGCAAAAAGGAACAAGUAAUGGUAAAACUUAGUUGCAGGUUGGGCAGAUUGAAAAUGUGCAGAGAGUUUUAGAUUUGGGAAGAGCAUGUCCAAAAUCAAAUAAAAAUUGCAGGGUAAAAAUACUCUCCAGCAUUUGUGGGGUACAUGCAUAAGCAGACAGUAUUUACCCCCACCUCAAAUUCAUGAUAAAUGUUCUUGACUAGACACUUUAAGUAAAGAUCAAUUUAGUAUGAAGGGACAUAAAUAAUUAAAUUGGAAUGUUAUACUAGACACUUGCCUAGUGUUAAAAUGUAUACUGAACAUGUAGUGGGUAUAUGUGUCAGAAGAUUGAAAAGAAAAAAAAACAAUAAAAAAACCCUCCAAGGCCUUUAGAAGUUCCAAACAAGUAAAACAAUAAUUCUGUAUCACUCAUAGUGAGUAAUAUCAUGCAUUUUCUAGGCUGACCAUAUCAUACACAGGUCCUAUUGUCAGUUUUAUUAGAAAGGUAAGAUAUAAAAUACAGAUUUAAACUUAUUUGUGAUAUACUGUAUGUACUGCAGGUAAUACCCUAUUGGAUUUGAAAGGUACAAUUAUAUGGCUAAGAAACUAGCCAUAUAACUAUAAAGCAUAUUGUGCUUUGUUUAAGGUAUAAAAUCCAAAAAAUAUUUUGUUUCUUUGCAUUUAUUAAUAAUUAUAUAAUGCAUACUGUACUUUGCAUUUGAUAUUGUCCCCCCCUACAGUAGAAGAAUAGGAUAUAAGUUGGUGCCCAGCUAUUUACAACCCCAACAUUAACCCCUUUAGUGGUUAUGUAAUGUUUGCCACUAUGUCCCAUUUUUCACUUUUUGAGGACAUGGGCAGUAUUGACUUUUAAUACACAAGUGAUACUAAUCCAUGUAAAAACUCCUGCAAAGAAUAUUUGUAUGAACAGUGAGUCCAGAUGUCAUAGUUUAAAACUGGUCAGGCCAGAUGAUAUCACUUCAGCGUUCAUUGGGAAAACUUGUGUAUUAUAAGUAGUAUUAUAUGUAGUAUAUUUACAGAACAAUUUGGUGACUUCUAACAUCCCAUGCAACAUUUAUUUUCCCAUAUGUACAGUAGACUUC